CAUCCAUCGUCCAGUAAACACCUCACAACUAAGGUAGUCCACAACCACCAACUCACAAACCUCAGGAGUUCUCGAGAGAACGCAAACCCGCAAAAUGGCCUCCACGCAAGACCUCCCACCCGCAAUCCUCACCCUCCCAAAAGCAUCAAUAAGACGCUACCACAAAACCGACGCAGCCGCCCUCUCCACCGCAGCAAACUCACCCUCCGUAUCCCGCUACCUCCGCAACUCCUUUCCUCGCCCCUACACCCUCGCCGACGCAGAGUCCUGGAUCGCGUUGAAUUCCAGCCACGGCGGCGCGCCGGUGUACAAUUGGGUCAUCGCGUGUCCCGAGACCGGUAGACCCAUGGGUAGCAUCGGGCUUGUGCCUGGGAAGGAUGUUUAUGCGAGGGGGUAUGAGCUGGGUUAUUGGCUUGGGGAGGGGGAUUGGGGGAAGGGGGUGAUGGGGUGUGUUGUGCCUGCUUUUGUGAGGUGGGUUUUUGAGGGGAUGGGUGGCGGCGGGGAGGAGGAGAAUGAUGGGGAUGGGAGGAGGAAGGUUGAGAGGGUUUGGGCGGGUGUUUUUGAUGCGAAUAAGGGGAGUCAGAAGGUGUUGGAGAAGAGCGGGUUUGUGUUUGAGGGGAGAGCGAGGAGGGCUGUUGUUAGGGAUGGGGUUGUUAUGGAUGAGCUUUUGUAUUCUGUUAUCAGGGACGACUUGGCAAAGUGAAGGUGAUACAGUGGCAUGUUGCUCUACAUUGAAUCACUUACCUGGACUCUGUGCCAUGAGAGGUCGUAAGCGCACACUAAAUUCUUGGGAUACUGGCGACCUCCAAUGCCAACUGGAGAGCCGGAUUUGAGCUGCUAACUUACGUGGGAUAGCAAAGGAGAUUCUGUUUCUGGAGUUGGAAUAUCCCAUC